AUGGAUUCUAGUGGCGCUUUGCGGCCCCUGGAUGAAGCUUUACUUCGCGAACUUCCCCAGCUUUCCCUGCGCAUCGCGCCGCUACGGGAACCUGUCGCAUCUCGUACGCUUAGCAUUCCAUCUCCCCUGGAGCCAAAUGCAAGCCGAAGCAGGGAGUCCAAUAUAAUCCCCAAAUCCACAUCGACUGGUGGAAACGCCCCCACAAACUCCAAAGCGAGUCUACCAACUGUGACCGAGUUUCUCAAUGCUGCAAGGACUGAAAAGGCCGAGCCUGUCACAGACUCAUCAAAUGUGGAGCCACUACCCAAACCCAUUCUACCGGCCUUUGUAAACCUGCGUGCGCUGGAACGCUUCCCGUUCUCUUCCUCUUUCGACGACGACGCCCUUCAUGGCACACGCAAGCGCCGCCGCUUAGACCUGACAGAGUCGUUUAGUGAGCACUUGCAGCUCCCCAUUCCACAGGCGCAAAAAGAACAACGUCCUCCUCCUUUUGGCCCUUUUGCUAUUCUGAACGGAUUGAAUGAACCUCCACCCAAUGCUGCCCUCCUUCCUCCCAUUGAGGCAGGCUCGAUCCCUCAGCUUUUGACAAAGCCAUCUCGUGAAGAUACCACCGUCGAUCCUGCUAUAGUCUCCACCGGAGCUCUUUCUGAGGGUCACCCUGUAGAGCGGAGAGAAGCGAGGAUCGAGGAGCUUCUCGAUGCGACCCUCGAUGACCACAACGAUGAUGUACAUGAUCCCGAAGACGAAAAAAUUACCCAAACCGAAAAUCGAAUUAAGUCUGUGAUCCCUGAUGAAAAAGCGUGCACCUCGAAUGACAUAACUUCUACUCCCCCUGCUCCGGGUGGACCUUUAUCCAAAACCCAAGGACGACCUCGUAAAAAUUUGAGGAAGUGGACAGAGGAGGAAACAAAUGAUCUCUACCGAGGCGUGGUGAAGUGCGGAAUUGGUAACUGGACAGCGAUAUUGGCGCAACCAGAACUCAAGUUCAAGAAUCGAACGGCUUCCAACCUGAAGGACCGCUUCCGGGUCUGUUGUCCUUGGGCAUAUCGGGCCUCUGAUCCAAAUGAAGCAACAAAGAAAUUGCGUGAUAAUUUGGCCAAUGCUCUUCUCAAAUCCCAAGCCGACGCAUCCGAUGGAACCUCCAGCAAGGUCCGUCCUCCGCUCCAGUCUCCAACGAAUGUGGGGUCCGAGCUGAGUUCUACGUCUGGUAGUCCAGUCAUGAGCUCUCAGAAUCCACCAAAGAGCGUGCCACCUGUAAAUUCGGAAAAGGACUUGCGGAGUGGUAGCCCGAUCCUUCGGCAGUCGCCCCCAGCCAAGGAUGCAAAAUCCUCUAGCGAAUAUCCGACAAAUCUUGAAUCCCUUGGCAUUCCAGAGCCUUAUGUCUCAGUGAAGUCUAAACGUCGUUCGCGCCGGCCAUUCACCACAGCUGAAGAUGAGGCUUUGCUCAAAGGCUACGCCGUCCACGGCUUUCAAUGGACUCUCAUUCAACAGGACAAACGACUCAACCUGGGCCACCGAAAAGCGACAGAUCUCCGCGACCGCUUCCGCACGAAAUUCCCGCACGUCUACCGCGACGGAGGCUCUGUCAACGGUAAAGCUUCGAAGCCGCCAAAGCUGGAAACCGCCAAAAGCGAUCCUGGGCCAGUAUCUCGAGAUCGCCAGCCUAGCGAAUCCACUCCCACGAAAGCUCCAGUGGCUCACCGGCGUUCAGAUUCGCAUGUUCACACUCGUCAGUUAUCCAACGCGUCACACUCUAACACGGGUGCUGGUCCGUUUGAUCCGUCUUUUUUACCGCCUCCGCAGGGUUUCCUUGAGCCGUCGGCUAAUGCACUUUCGUUUUCGUUGGAUGAGAACCCGGCAGCUGCAUCUUCGCCUUGGGAAGAUAAUACGCUUGCUCCUAUGAUUUGGGACGACCUCAGCUAA